UCAAUGCAAUCCUCCGUUCCAAAAACAACAAAAAUCAGAAGCAUUUGAUCUUCAACAAGUAAAGUACACACUGUAAUUUGUUCAUUGAUUGCUUACCUUGCCAAUGGUGAAGAGUGGUCAACAGCAAGCAGAGCCAAUGGCAUCAUUGACAUCUCCAACACCAUUAUCAUCAUCAUCAUCAUCAUGCAACAAGAAGAAGUACAAGGGUGUAAGAAUGAGGAGCUGGGGUUCUUGGGUGUCCGAGAUAAGGGCACCCAACCAGAAAACCAGGAUUUGGUUAGGGUCUUAUUCAACAGAAGAAGCAGCCGCUAGAGCCUAUGAUGCUGCAUUGCUAUGCCUCAAAGGUUCCUCAGCAAAUUUCAACUUCCCACUCGCAUCCACUCAUCAUUACAUCCCUGAUACCAACAUGUCUCCUAAGUCAAUCCAAAAAGUUGCCGCCGCCGCCGCAGCAAAUAGUUCCGUUGACAAUGGCAGCACCGCCACCACCACCAUCCCACCAAUAUCUCCAACACCAUCAUCAUCAUUUUCUUCCCCAUCAAUGUCCUCUUCGCCGUAUGAUCAAGUCGAUGAUGAUGUAUCGCUGAUGCAAUCACUUGAGCCUGUUUCUAUGAUCGAACCAUCAUGGUACAGCUCCUUUGACAGCCUGCAAUCUCCAAAGUACGUUGAUCAGAUGUUCAACUUAGCCCCAUUUGAUCCACCGGCAGUGAUGAUGAAUGAUUUUUACGAGGAAUUAAGCGAUAUUCGUCUAUGGAGUUUCUCCUGAGGCUAAGUCACCAUUCUUUUAGUCUAUUUGUAUUCAUUGAUGAUCUUCAGCUGUUGCUGUGACUCAAAAUUCACAUUUUUAGGCUUACGUUUUAGUUAGGGAGAAGAAAUCCACAUGGAGAUGAAAACUUUUUUUGGAAUCUCGAAUAGGAGUUUCUACGUAUUCAAUUUAUGUAUAAA